GUCGAUGUUCGGACGUCAGCCGUACCGCACGCUACUGAGAAAGUGCCCUUACAGUUUCGCGUUCUGUGAACUAUCGCUUAUUUGAGGAUAUUUUUAUACACGCGGUGGUAAGGUGUGUGCGCGCAGUAUGGCGGCGACGAAGUACUCACACCCCUUCAUGCGGGGGCUGAAGCCGCUGCCAGAAGGCUACGAUGAGGAGAUACAACAGAUCAGAGAGUGGAUGAAGAGCCAGCCACACCUGCCGUACAUAUCAGAUGAGUACGUGACGCUCUUCCUUCACUCCAACUACUACAAGGUGAAGGAGACGAAGGAUACCAUUGAGAGUUACUUCACCCUCAGAGCCAACACGCCCGAUCUGUUCGCCAACCGAGACCCGCUCUCACCGAGGAAUAAAGCUAUCUUGGAUAUCACGCACAUGGUGGCACUUCCCAACCAGACAACAGAGGGUUACCAUGUAUUGCUGUACCGUCUGUCUGAGUUUGACUACAGCAAGUUGAACUUCGCCGACGCCGUGCGUGUGUUCUGUAUGUUUAACGACAUCAAGUUGUCGGAGGAUCACCUCUCUGAGGGCUAUAUCGUCAUCUUCGACAUGAAAGGAUGUAGUCUUGGCCACUUGACCAGGGUCACACUGCCUGCUUUACGAGCCUUCAUGCUUUACAUCCAGAACGCGCACCCUUGCCGCCUGAAGAAGAUCCACGUCGUCCACACCGUCUCCUUCAUCAACCAAGUGAUGUGUCUCGUCAAGCCCUUGAUCCACUCCAACUUGCUCAACCUCCUCCACUUCUCCUCCGAAGGGCCCGAGUCGGUUGUCGACAAAGAACUCUUGCCAGAAGACUACGGCGGCCCUAUCGCCCCAGUUAAGCAACUACACGAGGAACAAAGGAAGAAUAUGGAGGAGAAUUAUAGAGAAUGGCUGAUAGAGUCCGAGCAAUUCAAGGUUGAUGAAAAGAAGCGAAUUAAGAAGCCCAGUAAGGGAAUGUUCGCGAGCUUCACUAGCAGCUUCAAGAGCCUCGACAUUGACUGAUGGAGAAUCCUGGGACAACUGCUAAGAGACCUGAUGACAACAAAGCAUAAUUUAGUAUAAGGUUCGCUUGCUGGUUAAAGGUUAAGCGUUGACGUUAAGGAAUGAAUUGUCUUUGAUCAUUGUUUGAUCUGGGGGUUUAAAGGCCUAUUUCGAAUUCAACCGAAAAGCAAUAUUGCUAUUUGUCUUUUGUUGACAUUUUGCACUUACUUUUAUAUCGUACACACACACUUUUUGAUCCUUCAUAACGCGCACAGCUAAGGAAUGGAAUGAGCUGCCGGCGUUGGUGUUUCCUGCAUAUUCACCCGUGACUUAAAGGACUCCAGCGGGCUUAGCAUCGUAAGCGCGCGAGUCUUUCUCACCUCGACAUACGUCACCCGUCACUCUCUCACAGUACUGCACAGAAAAAGACAGAUGAUUUCUGUCGCGGCGAGAAAGAGUCGCGUGCUUACGGUGCUAAGCCCGCUGGAGUCUUUUAAGUCACGGGUGAAUAGGCAUCUUCUGGGUAAGCUCGCUCCACCGUCGACCCCUUCUUUACCUCGUGGAAGAAUGGGGUCAAGAGCAAUGCCAUCUUAAUUAAAAAAACAAAUUUAUAAAAAACAAACAAAUGUUAAAUUGCAAUAUUGUUUUUUUAGAUGAAUUCUUCAAUGUCGCCUUUCUAAACCCUCUGGUAACAGUGGUAACCCAAUUUGCUCUCGUUUCAAUUUCGAGUGAAUAUGUAUGGGAGUUCACUUAGUUCGCUUACCAUCCGUGGUGGCGCUGUUCAGAUUCCCAUACAUUUAUAUACCAUUCUUUAUUAUGAUAAUUCAUGGUAGGUAAAUUCGUGCUGGGGUUCUGCAGACCUAUUUUGUAACUUUCAGUUUCGCUCUACAAUUGAAAUCUGUCAAAAAUCAAAAUCAGUUAUUUAAUUUGAUUUUAAUUAUCAUUAAUUAACUAUCGAAGGUUCUUUUUAUAUCGCUUUUUUUUACUUUAAUGUAUAAUAACUUUGAAAUUUGACUUUCGACGAAGUCUGUUUUCUUUCGACGAAGUUUCGAUAUGAUUUUUUUUUCUUUUGCCCAUUUGUGGGUCAGGCUAAGAUCAUAAGACCAUGCUGCCUAGUCUUCAGUAAGUUUCGAUAUGAAGUUUUUCUGUUUUAUUUUAUUUUUGACAGAUAAGUACCAAGUUGGAUAAAAAGGCCACACCGAAGGCAAUAUUGCGAUUUGACAUUUGCGCAUAUAAAAGCAAGUGCGCAAUGCAAACAAAUGCCAAAUAACAACAGUGCUUUUUUAGAUGAAUUGCUUCGAUGUGAGAGAGAGAGAGAGAGAAAAUGUUUAUUCAACAUCAUGUCAUACAUCACACAUGAUGUGGCCUUUUUUAUUCCCCCUUGUCCACCGAAAUUAACAUCGUUGGACAAUAUGGGCCUCGUUAAAUAUAGGAUAAUUAGAAUGACAGCAGGACAGAAAUAUAACACACAGCCUAGUGCGAAAGAGACAGGAGCAUGUACUGUUCUGACAACUGUCACUCUGACUUUCUGAUGGAUCAAAUCCGAUGUCUACCUAGACUGUUAAUCAACCCGUUAGGCUCUACCGAGCGGUGCCGGCACGUGACGUCAACACGGCGAGUGACAUUGAUCCCCGUGAGUCAAUCUCUGAUGGGGCCACGAAGCACGCUAGUGCUAUCGCUCAUGAAAUACAUUUUUUCUGAGUGACUUAAUCUGAUUUAUACAUUGUUUUAAGUUUACGCGGUUAGUGGCCCCGAUUCCUGCAGACACCUCCUAAUUUUACUUUAAGUUAAACCUGUCAUUUUCUUAUCCGCCGAAAAGGAAAGGGACGGAUGAUUGACAGCUCAAUUUUAGGAAGAAUGAGUAAAUGAAUCAACCGGAGGGGGUAUGGAGCAUACUCCACCACGCUGCAAUGCGGGUUGGUGGAGGUGUUUUUACGGCUAAUAGCCGGGACCAACGGCUUAACGUGCCCUCCGAAACACGGAAUCAUCUUACUUUUCCGGACAAUCAGGUGAUUUUAGCCUGAAAAGUCCUUACCAAACAAAGGACAGUCUCACAAAGUGAUUUCGACAAUGUCCCCAUCGGGAAUCGAACCCGGACCUCCAGAUCGUGAGCCUAACGCUCUAACCAUAGACCACGGAGGCUGUUUUGUAUUUUGGUCUCGUAUCACCUAAAUAUUCCUUUGUCGCUCUGCUGAUGGCAUUCAUCAUCCGCUGAUCUUCUCACUCCACCUGCCACCUGUUACUGUUGUUUGUAGAUGGACUUAAACU